CUCCUCGAUCUGCAUUGUAGCCAGUCAGUUACUUUAAGUAGUACCGUAGUGGUAACCAACUUUCAUUCGGCACUUUUUUUGUUACUUCAUUCCUUCCUUCAAAAACACACUUCAACUUCAAUUCAAUUCAAUUCAAGGGAUUCAACAAACAACUUCAUCAUCAUGGUGAAUGCUGCGCAUUUUUUCUUCGGUGUAAUAGGAAAUGCUUCUGGACUCUUCCUAUUCUUGGCUCCAACUAUUACAUUCAAGAGGAUUAUUAAAAAGAAAUCCACAGAACAAUUCUCUGGAGUUCCUUACCCUAUGACACUGCUCAACUGUCUUCUUUCCACUUGGUAUGGAUUGCCAUUUGUGUCUCCAAACAACAUACUUGUAGUGAUAAUAAACGGCACAGGUGCAUUGAUAGAAAUCGUAUAUGUAAUAAUCUUCAUAACGUAUGCACCGCCGAAGGAGAGGAACAAAACCCUUGGGCUCUUCUCAUUUGUAAUAGCAGUUUUCGCCAUCGUUGUUGUUAUUUCCCUUAUUGCCCUUCAUGGCAAUAUCAGAAUGGUCUUCUGCGGUAUGGUUGCCGCCGUCUUCUCCAUUAUUAUGUAUGGCUCUCCCCUCUCUAUUAUGAAACUGGUGAUCAAAACUAAGAGCGUGGAGUUCAUGCCGUUCUACCUUUCCCUCUUUGUGUUCAUCUGUGGUACUUCCUGGUUCAUUUAUGGCCUUAUAGGCCAUGACCCCUACCUUGCAGUACCAAAUGGAAUAGGAUCAGCAUUGGGGACAGCGCAACUAAUAUUGUAUUUCAUGUACCGAGGCAACAAAGGUGUUAGCAAUGAGGAAACAAAGGCAGCAACAGAAGAAGCAGCAGACACUAUGGAGAUGGGGGUUGCAAAAGCCACAUCAUCGGAACAAUAAUAAUGCAAAGCAAGCUCAUGAGGACACGUGUCUGCUGUUCUGUUUGUUCGCGUUGCUUGCUAUCUUAUUAUAGUAGUAUCUUAAGUUAUUGCUAUUACGAUCUUAGUGUUUGUGGUUCGGCAUUUUAGUUGUUAGUUGCUCUGGUGGUCCAAUUCAAGUGCAAAUUUAGCCUAUUGGGUUACAUAGAAUUAAACCUUAGGUUGUUUAUGAUGAUGUUAUGAAUUUCAAUCUGAAACU